AUUGAAAGCUUGCACUUUAUGCUUUACUUGGUAGUACUUUUUCCUGCCUCGAUUUAAGAACUCGACAUUUAAACUUCCCAAGCACACUUCCUCUUGCAACUAUAAAAUUCAUACAAAGAAUUCCAACUUUGAAUCCUAAUUCGACAGACAAAAAUGGCGGAAACAAAAUUCAGUGUGAUGGUAAGCCUAUUCGAAUGGAUGCAGAAGAGCAAAACCUCCACCGUCAAACGCUCCAAAUUCCGCAAGUUUCUCUCCACCUUCUGCCGCCCCAACAAUGGCGAGGACUACUUUGCCACCAUCCGUCUCAUCCUUCCAGGACUUGAUCGCGAGCGCGGUUCCUAUGGCCUCCGUGAGCACGUCCUAGCUACCUGCCUUAUUGACGCACUUGACAUGUCCCGCGACUCCUCCGACUCUCAGAAACUCAUCAACUGGCGCAAAGGUGGCCCUAACUCCGGUGCCUUUGCUGGAAACUUCUCUCGCAUAGCAUUAGAGGUACUGGAGCGGAGGCAGGGUAUGACUUCAGGUGGCCUCACGAUAAAAGAACUUAAUGAAUUGCUUGAUCAAUUGGCUUCAACGGAAAAUAGAGCCGAGAAGAUUUCUCUUCUGCGUGAUCUGAUCAAGAAAACAAAUGCUAAAGAAAUGAAGUGGAUUAUUAUGAUAAUUCUUAAAGAUCUUAAGUUGGGAAUUAGUGAAAAGAGCAUCUUCCAAGAAUUUCACCCAGAUGCAGAGGACUUGUUCAACGUGACAUGUGAUUUAAAAUUAGUUUGUGAGAAGUUGAGAGAUCGAAGUCAACGUCAUAAGCGCCAGGACAUUGAAGUUGGCAAACCUGUUCGUCCUCAAUUGGCUCUAAGGAUCAAUAAUACAACAGCUGCAUGGAAAAAGCUUCACGGCAAGGAAGUUGUUGUCGAGUGCAAAUUCGAUGGUGAUCGCAUUCAAAUUCACAAAAAUGGGACAGAAAUACAUUUCUUUUCGAGGAACUUUCUUGAUCAUUCGGAAUAUGGACAUGGCAUGUCAGACAUUAUUAUACAGAAUAUUCUGGUUGACAGGUGUAUUCUUGACGGUGAAAUGUUGGUGUGGGACACAUCUACUAAUCGGUUUGCGGAGUUUGGGUCAAAUCAAGAAAUAGCCAAGGCAGUGAAGGAGGGACUUGAUGGCGAUCGAAAGUUGUGCUAUGUUGCUUUUGACAUUCUUUACGUAGGAGACACCAGUGUUAUUCACCAAAGCUUGAAGGAGCGACAUCAGCUUCUUCAGAAAGUUCUCAAACCAAUACCAGGUCGCUUGGAAAUUUUGGUUCCAAAUGGUGGUCUUAACUCCCAUCGCCCUGCUGGGGAACCGUGUUGGUCACUAAUUGCUCGCAAUGUUGAUGACAUUGAGAAAUUUUUCAAGGAAACGAUCGAGAACAGGGAUGAAGGAAUUGUUUUAAAAGAUCUUAGCUCCAAAUGGGAACCUAGUGAUCGAAGUGGAAAGUGGCUAAAGUUAAAGCCUGAGUAUAUUCGAGCUGGCUCUGAUUUAGAUGUUCUCAUUAUAGGAGGCUAUUAUGGUUCUGGGCGCCGUGGAGGGGAGGUAGCACAAUUUCUUGUUGGGCUUGCAGAGCGUCCAGCCCCAAACACAUAUCCAAGGCGAUUUGUUUCAUUUUGCAGAGUGGGUACAGGACUUGCUGAUGAGGAGCUUAACACUGUUGUGACCAAAUUGAAACCUUAUUUUAGGAAAUAUGAGUACCCCAAAAAGGCACCGCCAAGCUAUUAUGAAGUCACAAAUAACUCAAAGGAGAGACCAGAUGUUUGGGUUGAAAGCCCAGAGAAAUCAAUCAUACUUUCUAUCACUAGUGAUAUCCGAACAAUUAGAUCUGAGGUAUUUUCUGCUCCAUACAGCUUGCGAUUUCCACGCAUUGAUCGAGUGAGAUAUGACAAGCCUUGGCACGAAUGUCUUGAUGUGCAAUCUUUUAUUGAACUGGUACAUUCAAGCAAUGGUACAACUCAAAGAGGGUCAGAAAAUCCAACUGUGCAGGACAAUAAACUGACACGCACGAAGUUGUUAAAACGAGAAAAGAAGAACGUUUCUGUUGUUCCUUCUCACUUUGUUCAGACUGAUGUUUCUCACGUUAAGGGCGAAACAUCAAUAUUAUCGAACCUGACAUUUUACUUUGUAAAUGUACCUUCAUCCAUUUCCGUUGAUUCCUUGCACAAAAUGGUGGUUGAAAAUGGUGGUACUUUUUCAAUGAAUUUGAAUAAUUCGGUUACUCAUUGUAUUGCAGCUGAGAGUAAAGGUCUCAAGUUUCAGGCAGCUAAACACCAAGGAGAUGUUAUUCAUUACUCUUGGUUAUUUGAUUGUUGUUCGCAGAAGAAGCUUCUUCCUUUACAUCCAAAGUACUUUCUUUUUCUUUCCAACUCAUCAAAGAAAAAAUUGGAAGAAGAUAUUGAUGAAUUUUCUGAUUCCUACUACUGGGAUGUCAAUAUGGCCGACUUCAAACAGCUCUUAAGCAACAUUGACUGGAAGGAAGAUACUAAAGCAAUUGUUCACUACAAGAAGAAGUACUGCCCAGAGGAGAAAUGGGCUCGCUUUCAUGGUUACUGCAUUUACUUCUACAUUCCAGAGCAAUUUUUAAAAAAUAUGGAUUGGAAAGUUCUAUUGGAACUUGCAAUGAGGAGGAUGAAGAUUGAAGUUUCCAUGAGCGGUGGCAUUGUUGCCGACAAUCUGUCUCAUAGUUCUCAUGUAGUAAUUAUGUCUUUUCCGGAACUCAAUGUGGAUUUCGAUACUCUGUUGAGUAGUUUCUCACUGACAGAUAGGCAUCUAUUACAUAGUAGAAGGUUGCAUGUUGUUGGCUCUCAAUGGUUGGAAGACUGUUUCGAGAAGGACCAGAAGUUGUCAGAGGAUCAUUAUAGCUUAAAGCCCUCAGGUUUUGAAGAGACUACUGUUGUAGUGAGUAACAAACACGAACUUGACCAAGAAGACUACCAAAGCUUGGAUAAUCUAGAAAAGCAGGUUACAUCACCUUAUUCUGAUGAAGUUGGAGAACAGGGAACCAAAAAUUCGAAGAAGCCAAGAGUUAUUGACUUGCCUAAUAGGGACGGAAAAAGAAAAAGGGGAAGUCCCAGUAAGACAAGUACUAAUAGUGGAAGAAGAGGUGCCAUUAAACCUCGGAGAACAAGGGCACGCUAUGGAAACAAGCCAGCUAAAAUCUCUGAAAUUGAAUCAGACAAGAAUGCUUCUUCGGAUGAGCCAGCUAUUGAGGAAGAGUCUGAACUCAGUGGUGCAAAUCAUGGGAACGUACAGAAGGUACCUUUGGAAGGGAGAUCAAUUGUUAAUCAGCCUCGAAGAACAAGGGCACGGAUUAUACAUAAGCCCGCAAAGAUCUUAGAAAACGAAUCAGAAGGGGCUUCUUCAGAUGAACAAAAUAUCAGAGGAAAUUCUGAAGUCGGCUGCACAAAUUAUGGGAGUACCGAGAUAAUAAACAGGCACACUCCAGAAGCUAAAACGAAAGAGGUAGUAAAAGAUUAUGAAUCAUCAGAUAAAUGCAAAAAAGUUGAACCGGAAGUUGCAGAACAUGGUAAACACGAAACUUUUGUCGAUCCAGUUCAAGCGAUGUUAUUUAACAUGAUACCUAGCCUUGCAACUAAGAAAACAGAUAAAGCUGAUCCCAUCCUUGAAGAGGAGAAACCGCGAGGUACUAAUCCUGUCAACGUAGCCGAAAAUGCAAAAGGUUCUCCUUGUAUCCUGGAAGAGGAGAAAGCAGAAAGUGUCAUUUCUGAACUCGAAGAGGGAAGUUUACCUUCCGAAGGAAAUGAGAAGCCUGUUAAGAAAAAGAAAGUCAGCUACAAGGAUGCUGCUAAUGAAUUACUCAAGAAUUGGUGAAACACUGGUAAUUUGUGUACAUUAAUGUUAGUGACUAUUUUCUCUGGGAGGGCAAGAACACUGAGUUAAAACUCUCAUGUCUUGCUAUCUGGUCUUGUCGUGCAGCAGUGGUCUGAAUUAUUUUGUUUGCAGUAUAUGUAUAUUAACGGGAGUUAUACGUUUUAUGUAUAUGAUAUAUAAUUUACACUUCUGUCUUCUA